AUGAGCGACUACUCUUCGAGUACAUAUCGUUCAGCACAUGGUGCUUACCCUCCAGAUCUUCCGACGAAUUGCGGAUGUUGGUGUGGUCACGAUAUCAUCACAUACAUAUCGAAGACAAAGGAAAACCCUUACCGUAUCUUCUAUAGAUGCUCGAUUGCUUUGAAGAGGCCGAAUGAGUCGCAUUUCUUCAAAUGGGUUGAUGAGGCAUCGGUUGAAGAAAUUAAGAUGGUCGACGCAAAGGUACAGAGAAUAGAAGAAGAUGUGACGGACUUAAGGCAUCAACAUACUCUAAAUUUAGAUCUUCAAAAAGAAAUGUUUGACAAGCUUGAGGAAGAACUGAGUAAGAAGCUUGAAGCAAAAUUGAUGAAGAAGAUUGAGGAUAAUAUGGUUGAUUUAAUCCUGCUUUUCUUCGGCCUUCCUGGCUGGUUUGCAACGAUCGGAGGCACGCACGGUUGGUUAGUUACAAUUGCAGGAACCGAGAGUGCAGUAUCCGGAGGUGAGAUUGAAUCAGCGUACGCGUUAACCAAAUAA